AUGGAGGAAGUUCUCGUAGGAGGUUAUGGUGGGAUCGAAACGACUCGAGAGACUCCCGUGGAAGCUAUGGAGUUAGAAGUGAUUCAAGAAAUUGGAGGAUAUAGAAGAAAUGAAUCUCGUGGUAGCUGUGGAGGUCGCGAUGAAAGCAGAGGAAGACGCGAUUCGUAUGACUCCCGUCAAAGUGGUGGCGAUUCGAGUGGACCUGACUACAACGCCCAGGAAGUUGCUGAAGUAGAGAAAGCUGUUAGAGAUAACAAGAAUCUCGUAAACACUUUCGAUCAGGUCCUUAAAGGUAUUUUCGUAGAAGCUAUCCACUUGAAUGGUAGUUCAAAAAUUAUCUGUGUUGCAGGAGUUUCAGAAGUUACUGCUGAAAGGUGA